AUGAAGAAAAAUAUAUUAGAAGAAAUUAAAGAUACAGAUAAUAAAAUAAAAAAAGUAUUUGAUGAUAUUAUAGAAUAGAGGAAAAGAACAAGCCAACUUUUAUAAACGAGUUACGAAUAGCUCAAAACAUCAUCUUUUAAUUAAAAUACAAGCAAAUAAUCUUUAAAUAUAUCUCGUGAAGCUACAUUAGAAGGGAUGAAGAAUGAUGAAUCAAGAGAUAUUAAGCUUACAGAUUAUAGCCCAGACAUAAAUAUAAAAAACAAGUAAAUUUUUACCUAAGACAAUGAUGAAUAACUAUUUACUUAGGAAGAUGAUUUAAAUUAGCAUAAUUAAGAUAAGAAGUUUUAAAAUAAGCUUAAUAUUUCUUAAGACACAGAAGAUUUGCUUAAAUCUUAAGAUGAUUUAGACUUAGAAUUUCCUACGUCUUUAAGGCAGCUCAGCUUAAAUUAAAAUUAAUUGGGUUUUCAAAAUAAUAAUAAAAAUAAUACAUAAGGCAUCACAAAGGCUUAUAAUAAUUAAUUUAGCCAAAACAGCUUAAGAACUUCAGUGGAGAGUUUGAAUGAUGACUCUUUGCUCUCUUCUUUGCAUAAUAAUAGCAUAUUUAAUGGAUCUUAAAUAAAUUAAAAUUCAGAUAAUUUUUAAAAUAGAAAUGGAAAUGAAAGUAAGUUAAAUAGUAUUUCGACUUAAAUUCAAAAUUAACAAAAGAAAUAAAAUAUAAGCAAUUAUAUCAAAAUCAGAGAGAAAGAAAUAGAUUUUGGAAAGUAAUUUAUUUUCGAAGAGACUUAAAAGUCAUUAGAAAUACUGAAUAGCUCUGAUAGAGUAAUAAGCAUCAGGCUAUGCUUAGAAUCUCAAAAUUUUGAAAUAGAUAACAACUAUUUGAUUAUCCCUGAGUUUUCAACAGUAAAAGUAGUUAUAAAAUGCUAUAGAGAAGAAGAGUAAAGGAUUUUUGAUACUUUAUUCAUUUAAGAAGCUGAUGACUAAUAAAACUAAAUCAUUACUGCUAAUAAUUAAAUUGCCCUAAUUUUAAAAGCAUAAAUACUAAAACCCUAAUUAAUCCUUAAAAGUGAUUAAAAUAUGCAAAUUCAAGGUUAGUUUACUGCAAUUGAAGCCAAAAUAAACGAAUUAGGAGAGCUGAACAUAUAAUUAACAAAUCCUUUAACUGAAUUAGCUUAAGAUAUAGAAGUUGAUGUAGUUUAAAAAUAAAAUGACUCAACGAAAAUAACAUUUUUCCCAUAAAAUUUUAUAUUAAAAUAAUAAGAAACUAAAAAGAUAUCAUUUACUAUCUCUCAAAAAAAUAACUAGAUGCAGUCUGAGCAAGUAUUUUGUGUAUUUUUCAAAAUUAACUCCUCUCCAAUAAUUUUUGCCACUAAAAUAAUUUACUCAUGA